AUGAGUCGUAUCUCUUCUCAUGCCGCGCCGCAAGGUGGAAUUCGGCUCAAAAAGGCAUACGAAACCUUUGGAAACGAGGCGCGUAAUGACUGGCUGGAGCAGCUUCAGCAGAAGAUCCGGUACGGCGUCAACCCACCCCAAGACCCCGGACCGUCCAGGUCGCCAUCACCCUGCGUCCCAGAGGAGGCGGAAGUCCCGGUGGCAGUAGUAAAUGGGACCGGAUCACUCCAGGAAGAGGAGGAGGAGCUGGAAGAGCGGGGUGAAGGGGAGGCGGUGGAGUAUGAUGAUCAACUGGACGGGUCAGCCAUGGAGGCGGAGGAGGGCUUUGAUUACCAAGUGGACCAGAGCUUGGAGCAGCCGCAGCUCCCUCGUCCGGUCUUCGAGGUGUAUCAACCCGCCGCGCUGGCUGGUGACUUCGCUAUGCCCGGACCAUCACAAUCUGCCCCCUCUGGCGUCCUUCCACCCUUGUUCUCUGUAAAUACCUCUGGUCCUUCUUUCAGCCAGGACCGAUACGACCCUUUCGCAGCACCAGUCUACGAAAACGCCAUUCCCCUUCCCGGUCUGGCCGACGCACAACCAGAGCCCCGUCUCUUCUCGGACGAUGUGGUCGAUCCAGACCUCCUCAUGACAUUUGCUCAGCAUCUCGACUCGGGGAUGCGGGAGCAGCCUCUCUACGCGGAUCAGGGAGGCUAUGCGGAGGGUGAAGAUCAAUAUCAGGACGAGCGGGAUCAGGCCGGGGAUGGAUACGCCGAUGAGAAUAUGGAGCAGCCCACGGAUGAAGGUGCGAUGGGCUACGAGCCGGACUAUUAUGGUCAAGGCUAUCCGCAAUCUCAGCCGGGCAUGGAAGCCGAUCUGUACCCGGCCGACGAGGGUCAAGCCGAGCAAGCAUGGCAGGGUGCUGGCUACAUCGACGGCGCAUUCCCUGAGCCGGACGAAGAACGCUAUCAGGAGGAAGAGGCGUACCCUCCAACUCAGCAGGCGGAUGAGGGGCAUUACGCGCAGACCGAAAGGGACGAAUUAGAGCAAGAUGACCAAGCCGGAGAAGUGGAUCAUGGGUGCGAAGGAAGUCGGAGCGCUCAGAACGAAGUGGAGCGGGAGGACAGUAACGAUUCAAGACAGGAUUCGAGGGAAGCGUCACCUGUCCUUCCUCCAGCCCGGCAGUCUCGCAGAGCCGAGCCAGAACGACUGCCCGAAGAGGAAGAUGAGCUUUACGAUGAGGAUGAGGAGGGAGGCGGUAGCCAAGCUGAGGGGUCAUAUUCGGAUCGGACCGAGGAGGAUGAGCUGCUGGAGGAUGACGAAGAGGAAGAAGAGAGGCCUGCUCAACCAGCGAGAUCUGCGAACUUUAUGAAACGUAGUUCGCAGCCGGACGUCAUCGAGAUCCUGACCGAUAGCGACGACGAGUCCCAGCCCGGCGGCGAACAAGCCAGCGGGUCGGAGCAGGAGUACGAGUCUGGAGAAGAGGAGACGGAAGAGGAAGAACAGGUGGAAGAGGUGGAGCGGCAGGAUCGGGCGGAAGUCGGCUCCUCGAAACGCCGAGCAGAGCAGCAAUCUGGUGCUUCACCAAAACGGCGCCGGUCCGUCUCGCCCGACUCGUCUUACGCAUCCCAGCGAGAAGGCUCGGACCUUCCUUCAGGCUCGGGAGAUGAGCGGUCGGAACCAGCCGAGAACGAUGCCACUCCGGACCCCGCGGAUGACAGGUCGCAGCGUGACGACUCGGCGUCUCGUAGUCGCGGCUCGUCGGCGAAUCCUAGCGGACAGAUCGACGAGCUGGACUCUCGUGCACCCAGUCCGGGCUCGCCUGGUGCCGAGCAAGUACCAUAUGCCGCUGGGACCCCGCAGGAACCUAUCGAAUUUGAGGAUUCGUCGGACAGCGAAUACGACCGGCUGGACAAUGACGCGCCGGAUGUCGAAGAUGCCCGUCCGGAGGAGGAGGAGGAACCGGAAGUAGACGAGGUGGGGGAGGAGAGGCAGGACGCUCGUAAGAUGUCCGGCGAUCGGAGGAGUGAGGUUGACGAGCUCGAAGGGGAUGAUGAUCUUGCUACCUCGGCAGUCGCAUCCUCUUCUGGUCACAUCCGCUUUGACGAGGAAGACGGGCCGGAGCGGAGGAGCGAGGUGGAUGAGCUGGAGGAUGACGAUCUUCCUGCUGCCGCCAUCCAGGAGGGAACUGGGACCUCCCCUCGCCAUACCCGCUUCGACGAGGAGGACGGAGUCGCAUACGAUCCUACUCCGGCUACCGGGGAAGCUCCCCUGCGGGACUUUUCCGGCGCCUCACCUGCAGUCUCGCCUACACCCCAGCAUUUACACUUCGACGAUGCGGAAGAGCCCGCUGGUACCCCGGUCUCCGCGCUCGGACCUUCAACUUCUUCGGAGUUGGCUCCGCAGCAUGUCCACUUUGAUGAUGCGGACGAGAUCAUCGAGGACUCGGCCCCUCCGCAGCACGUGCAUUUCGCAGAUACGGACGAGAUAGCCGGGGUCUCGUCUCCCUCGGUCGAACGACAUUCAUCGACGGGUGCUUCCGCCUCCACCGCAUUGCACCCUUGUUCUCCACUCAAACCAAUCAUGUCCAUCCCGUCGGCCGAGGAGGAAGAGGAGCAGCUGGAGGAGAUGACGGUUGAUAUCGACGAGAACAGGCAUCAGCCCAUUUUGCUGAAUGACGAGGCGGCACCUGAGCCGUCCGUGGAGGCAGAGGAAGAGGACGUCCAGAUGGACCCUGUGGUGCCCUCGGUUCCUUCACCACAGAUAGUAGCUCCAGCGGGAGCGCUGUCUAUUCCCAGCGCGGAUGAGGAGGAGGAAAUGCUGGAAGGGAUGACGGUUGAUGAGGACGAAGUGAGGCACCAGCCUAUCAUGUUGGAUGAUGCGGAGGCCGAGGUCGCAGACGUCGGGCCUGGACAGGUAGAGUCACGAUCACCGCACAUUAACCCACACCACCAUCACAAGGCGGAUACCACCCCGCUCAUCUCGGUCCCUUCGGCAGACGAGGAGGAAGAGCUGCUUGAAGAAAUGGCGGGGCAAUCCGCUCGAUCUGGGCAUCAACCCAUCAUGAUCGAUGACGAGGCGGAUAUCCCCCUGCCUGGCGUAGUCUCGGAAGAGGAGAGGGAGGAGCAAGCACCGGCGACGAGCCAGUCCAUCGCGGAGCCGGACUCGGCUGCGGGUCACAUGGCGACGGAGGCGGAAGUCGAGGUCAUGGACGAUGCUCCGGUCAACUUGGGCUUCGCAGACUACCUCCUUCAGCCUCCCCAGCAUCCUGAUCCUCUACCCGAGCCAGAACAAGCCGUUCGGGAAUUCUCAGUCUCCCCUGUCCCCGAGUCACUCGCCGACAAUCUCCCUUCCGAGAUGGAGGAAGACCGGGAAUAUCGGGAUGUCACACCCAUUCCCCUCCCGGACCCAUCUGCACCCGCACCAGACACGCAAGUCCCGCAGGCUCUCGAGGCGGGAGAUAUGCCCCGCGUAUCUCGGUCUCCGUCCAUGGAAGCUAUCGCGCCGAUGCACAUACAACCUGCGGACAUGCUGGUGGAUACCGUCCAACGGCCGGAAUCUCCUAUUGAGCUUCCGGAUCCUCAGGCUCCUCCGCCUGAUACCCACAUUCCCGCUCCGAUCCUGCCCCAGGACCUCGAGCCGAGCGAUAAUACACCCACCGGGUCGGUCAUCGCUCAAGCACCGGAAGAGACGCCCGCUAUGCCUCUCGAGUCCGCACUGCCGUCCGGUGAGGCCACACCUCGGUCGCGCGCGGAAACACCGACGGAGCUGCCUGAUCCAGGUGCGGCGCCGGAGGAUGCGCGUCUUAGGAUGCCUGACGUUCUGCAUCAGAUCGAUACGGAUCACUCGGCGCCGGCUUCGCUCAUCGUGCACGCACCACCGACAGCCGAACAGGGCAUUUUCACACCCACGUCGGCGGCGGGUCUCAGCAUGGGGCGACCACCCUCCGGGCUGGUCAUUCGGGACUUUGGCAUGACAUCGCCUUUACAGUCUAAAUCGGAAGCCCCGACCCCGGCCGUCGAGGCUGGCGAGGGUGCCUCGCGGUUCCUUGGUGUGAGCAGUAUGGCGGAUAUGCCGAUGGUCACCCCGGGCAGCGAGAUGGAGGUGGAGUUGGCGAUGCCGGAGAUGCGAGAUGAAGAGGGACGUGCCCAAGAGGAAGAGGGCACGAUCGACGUGGAGGUUCACACUGAGACCGAGGUAAUCGAGGAGGACUCGGGUGAUGACGGGAGCGGGGCGGAAGACGUUACUGUUAAGGAGGAGGAUGCUGCGGAUGACAGUAGCGUCGAGGAGGAAGAUGACGACGAGGAUCAGGAGGUAGUCGAAUUGGAUCAGGAAGAGGACAAGCUGGCCGAGGAGGACGUUGACCUGGACGAGCAUGUGGAGGAGGAGGGAGCCGCACCAGGCUUUGUCGACGCAGAGAUUAAGGGGGCCGCCGAAGGUUUUGUCGACACAGAAAUCGAUCUCAACGACGCGGAGGACGCCGAUUCGCAUGCGGGAGAAGAAGAGGAAGAGGCGGAAGUGGGCGGUGCGAGCGAAUCAGACGAGCUGGACGUCAUCGGCGAUGAAGAGCAGGAUGCUCUUGAGCAGGAAGAGGAGGGCGGGGGCAUGGCUGGUGGGACUAGUGAUGGAAUGCUGGAAGACGAUGACGACGGCAUGGACAUUCUGCAGUCCGAGGCGGGAGAUCAGGAUGAGGGCGAGCCGGUGACGGUCGAGCAGGAUGGGAACGAGGAGGUUCGGGAGACUGGACAAGGUGUCUUGGACAGUGAAGAUGGCAUGGACAUGCUGCAGUCCGAAGAGGGUGAAUUGGAGGCUGCCCAGGCGGAUGUCGAUGGGAGCGAGACCGCCGAGCUGGUCGAGGACCCCGAGGACGAACGCUCCGAGAUGCGUGGGGGUGCUUUAGCUGCACUGGACGAGCAGCAGACGGAGGAUGAAGCAGGCGAUGAGGAUAAGGAGAUGGAUGAGAUGGUCGAGGACAGCGGUGUGGGGCAGCGGCAUAUUGACGAGUAUCUGGAGCAAGCCGCCGAAUCGGCACCCAUAGCUUCUGCAAGUGGCACACGCGAGGAAAGUCCAGCCCACGAGCCACUUCGCCACCACCACCACGGCUCUGUCGGACCUCGGGACGAGGGUUCCACAUACACACCCUCUAAUCGCCGAGCUCAGCGACAAUCUCGCCAGUCACUUUCAGCCACUGAGACGGCCGUCACUCGCUCUCACUGUACCUACCGCAAACUCCGGAUCAUCGAAAAUGAUAUCUCGGCGGACGUUCUGGUCCCACAGUGCGUGCUGGGCGAUACCGAGCGGAUGGGGCGGGAGGAGUCGGUCGACCUCGGCGAUCCGACGCUACAGGAGCAGACUGAAGCCCGGAAACAGCGUAUCACGCAUGACAAUCCGCUCCUUAGCGCUGCGCUCGCGGCCAAGCUCCAUCGCGUGGCGGGUGCUGCCAUCUUUGAUGAUGGACACUGCUUCCUCCUCUCCACGUCGGCAGGCGGGCGGGCUACGGACGAGAUCCGGGAGAAGACCCCUCAUUCUACGCCCAGGCGGGUCUCGAGGGGUCGGCAAAGUGUCGGUAACACGCCCAGCAUCACAUUUGCGCCUCUCCCAGAGGCGGAGCGUGAUGAGCCGGAAGGCGGGUCCUCGUCGAUGCGGCGCCAGUCGAGCGGAAGCGGGAGAAGGUCAAUGUCCCAGGCUUCAGACGCGGCUCUUUCCCCUUCGCAAGCGGCGGGCUCGACUGGUGCACGUCGUACCAGCCGCCACACCCGGUCCAGCUCGCGUCUGUCGCAAGUCUCAAACGAUCGCGAAGGCACGCCCACCGAUGCUGCUCCACCGGCGAUGCGUACUCGCGCUCGGUCGUCGCAGCCCCCUGCCGCUUCGGGGUCCGCGUCCGUCCAUUUUGACCGGGAGGUCACGCCGGUCGCGGCCGACUAUGCCCCUUCUUCCGCCGGCAGCGCUCGGCGAGCGUCACUUCGGUCAUCCAAGUCAGUUGAGCCACAGCCAGUGGGCGAGGGGCGGGAAGGUAGCGUUGCCAGCCAAGCGUCAGAAAGGUUUGGUUCGCUUGCGGUCAAGCAAGAAGCUACCGUGCCCGAACCUUCCCGCAGGUCUGUACGGGGCAAGGGUAAGGGCAAAGCCAAGGGGGGAUCACCCACCCCUUCCAGCGCCAGCACGAUUGACGAGCCCAUCCCUUCCAGUCAGUCUCGAUCGAGGCGAGCGGACCCAGCCCGAAGGUCGGUUGGCCGGAACAAUCACGGCGAGGCGUCAUACCGUCCUUCCACGCCUGAUCUUGCCGAUGAGGCUAGCGAAGCGGGGACGGAGAAGGACCAGGACGAAAUCAAGUCGGGAGAGUUAGAGGACAAGGUGGAGGAGGCAGAUAUCAAGCCGAGUCCAAUCGCGUUGGGGACGCGCAAGAGGGGGAACAGGCUGUCGUCUGCCGCGUCUUCAACGCCGGUCGUCCCAGUCGUCGAGAUCGAGGUCGGGCCGUCUAGGCGGGCGACGAGAAGCGGUAAGCGCAAGGCAGAUGCGGAGAAGGAGAGUCAGAGUCUCAGCCAGAGUCAAGGGGACGUAUUGGUGGAGGAAGAAGGAAAGAGCGGAGAUGAGAAGAAGGAGGGUGGAGAGGCGCCGACUAAGAAGAAGAGAAAGGGCUGGUCAUUUAAGUCGAUAUUUCGGCAGUAA